AAACAACAGUUAAGAACUAUUCACAGCUCGAGGGAAGCAAAAACCCCAUUUUUAUUUCUUUAACAUUUUACCUGCAAAACUCAUCCUCUUUGCUCUCUGCAACUCUCCGAUUCCGCCAUGGCGUUUCCGUACAUGGAAUCCGUUCUAGGUUUUAUGGUACUGAUGUACAUCUUUGAAACUUAUUUGGAUUUGCGACAACACAGUGCACUGAAACUCCCAACUCUCCCUAAAACUUUGGAAGGAGUAAUCAGCCAAGAGAAGUUUAAAAAGUCGAGAGCUUAUAGCCUUGAUAAAAGCCACUUCAAUUUUGUUCAUGAAUUUUUCACCAUACUGUUGGAUUCUGCCAUUUUAUAUUUUGGAAUAUUACCAUGGUUUUGGAAGAAAUCAGGAAACUUUCUUCUUUUGGUUGGUCUCAACACAGAGAAUGAAAUGCUACACACCCUUGCUUUUCUUGCUGGUGUUAUGUUGUGGUCACAGAUCACUGAUUUGCCAUUUUCUCUCUACUCAACCUUUGUUAUCGAGUCUCGUCAUGGUUUCAACAAACAAACUAUAUGGUUAUUCUUUAGGGACUUGAUAAAAGGAAUUUGUCUUGCUAUUGUACUUGGACCACCGAUUGUUUCAGCAAUCAUUUUCAUUGUGCAGAAAGGAGGUCCUUACUUGGCCAUCUAUCUUUGGGGAUUCAUGUUUGUCCUCUCCCUUGUGAUGAUGACAAUCUAUCCAAUUUUGAUUGCGCCACUUUUUAAUAAGUUCACCCCUCUUGCAGAAGGAGAGCUAAGGUUAAAAAUCGAGGCACUUGCUUCCUCUCUCAAAUUUCCUUUAAAGAAGUUGUUUGUUGUUGAUGGAUCUACAAGGUCAAGCCACAGCAAUGCAUAUAUGUAUGGCUUCUUUAAGAACAAGCGCAUAGUACUUUAUGACACAUUGAUUCAGCAGUGCAAAAAUGAUGAGGAAAUUGUAGCUGUUAUUGCGCAUGAACUGGGGCAUUGGAAGCUUAACCAUACAAUGUAUUCAUUUAUUGCCGUGCAGAUUCUUACAUUUUUGCAAUUUGGAGGAUAUACUCUUGUGAGAAACUCAACUGAUCUUUUUCGAAGUUUUGGGUUUGAUACACAACCAGUACUCAUAGGACUUAUAAUUUUUCAGCAUACUGUAAUACCUCUCCAGCACUUAGUUAGCUUUGGUCUAAAUCUUGUGAGCCGUUCAUUUGAGUUUCAGGCUGAUGCCUUUGCUAAGAAGCUUGGCUAUGCCUCUCCCCUUCGUGCCGGCCUUGUGAAGCUGCAGGAAGAAAAUUUGUCAGCAAUGAAUACAGAUCCUUGGUACUCAGCAUAUCAUUAUUCUCACCCUCCGCUUGUGGAGAGGCUGGCUGCACUGGACAUAUCCGACAAGAAGGCAGACUGAUAUGAGCAACUUUGGGACAGGCAGCGGCUGCGUAUUUCAUUCAUUCCCCUCCAAAUUAAGACGUAUGUUAUAAUAGUCAGAAAUCAUUGUGGUAUAACUGUUAUCAGUCUUGUUGGAGGCUUUACAUUUCAUUACUUACGUAACGCUUUCUUCUGUCAAGUCUCAGUUCACACUUCAAAAAGGGUAUUAGAAAAAAAUUAGUUUGAAAAAAGGAACAAAAAAAAGUUACAUAAUUUUGUAUCUUAUGUUUGCAUGAGCUUAAUGGUUAGUGGUUCUAAUUUUGUUUUUCA